AGGAAAUAAAUAUGAAAAAUUAAAAAGGGUAAAUUUAACUAGGAAGGAAUAAAAUAUAAAUUAAGGAUACCGCAGUCAAAUCCAGACCUCAAAGUAUCAUAUUAUUGCUGUUCUCACACUGCAGGCUUACUUGUGGUUCCUACAGGUUUGAUGUAAUGAGCAUUUCUUCUUCACUCACCUCUUUCCUCACCCUGAGAUGAGUGCAUUUAAUCUAAAAUUAAUGCACUCAAAUAAUUAAAAUAUUAUUAAACUCUGGCACUUUCCACCAUAGUCUGUCUCUUGCGCUCUCUUUUCUCUUUCCCCUCAUCCAGUUGCUCCAGAUGGCUGCCCUUCAUUGCCGGAGGUUUCUUCCUGUCAAAAGGGAGUUUUUUGUUUCCAGUGUUGCCAAGUGCUUGCCACUAGGGGGUUGUAUGAUUGCUGGGAUUUCUUUCUAAUGCUGUAGGGUCCUUAAAUUACAGGACAGAGUGCCUUGAGGUGACUGUUGUUGUAAUUUGCUCCUAUAUGAAUAAACUUGGAUUGAAUUGAACUGAAAUGAACUCAGGCACAGUCAUUAAAAAGCCACAACAACAUACCAUGUAUGAUUUACUGUAGGAAAAACACAGUACUAAAUUUUUUUUACAAUUCACAGAGUGAUACUGGUGAUAUUAAUUUUUUGUUACUAAACUGCUGGUUCCAGCCCUAACAUCAAGUGAUGCAUAUUACAUAUGAACAAAAAAGGACUACUUUUCCUUGCUGACUUCUUCUUGAACUUCUCUUGGUUUUGGGAGUAAACUAUCCCCCAGUUCGCUAAUGUCCCACCUAAAUCAUUGAGUGCCAAGUGGCUGCAAACAUCACAGGAAAUCGAAAAUGAGAGGACCACUGCUGGCAAAGACAUGCUGGCAGUGGUUUGGCGCAGGAACUCAGGAAGCGGUGCCUCCUAACUGAGCUGUGCUUCCUGCGUGAUAACUGACCCAAACAUAUUUUGCCUCUAUCUCUCACACGCAUACACCAAGACAAAGAAAACCCACACGUUCUCCAUCUAUUUAAAAAGGAAAAAGAAAAAAAAAAGGACCUGCGAUACUAUUUAGGUUACAGAGGAUUUACAGGGUUAGAAUGUUUAGAAUGGAUUAUCUUUGAAGCCAUUUGGUCACAGUGCCACAAAACCUAAAUGUUGGGAUGAUCUUCAGAACAAUGAUGCUGAAGGUUCAGUCAGACCACAGGACAGUUUAGCACUUCCUCAUUGAGAGCCGGUGCAGAGUGAGCGGGUGAGCGCUUCCUGUGACGCCUCUGCAUCUCUGGUCAAUAAUUACACUCACAUCACUCUACCACUACCAAGCCUCGCUGCAUGGAAGGACGCAGGCUGCAUCCCAUCCAGGGGGAAGUUCUCUGACAAGUUAUCUGCGUGUUCAUCGGAAGGAUUGUCUCCAGAAACGGGACCUGCCUUGAUUCGACAACACAUCAGACCUCUUCACUUCUUACCAGACUUCAAGGGGACGCUGUGAUGCUAUCCUCGCCCAGUUAAGAGUUUGUACGUGUGCUUUGGGACAUUCAGCCAUGCUGCAACAGUCAGAGCUCAUCUUUGACUUUGCCAGUGACCACUUUAACAUGUCACAGCUGGGGGGUUUCACAGAUUGCCCUGCGGUGAUUGUAGAGCAGGUUCCACAUUCACACCUGUUUUCAUAUACAGGUCUAGCGUGUGAACAGUCACAGGAUCACCAGCAGCUGGUCAAAGUGGAGCCAUGUGAAAGUGGGGAGGAAGAGAGCAUGGAGACGCUUGUCUCUCCUGACUCGUUACUCAACAUGGAGUGCGCUGACACCCUGUCCCUGGAACACUACUCGCAGACCUUCUUACCAUCGCUUGGCGAUGUCAUCACUACUCCUGUUGUGGGGGAGGAGCUUGUGGGAACUGUCAAUCAGUCAGAGUGGUCGUCGUUGCACAGAAACAAGCCUGCGUCGCAGCUGCGGUCCAAAAAGAAAAGCAGGAAACCUCGACAUCGAAGAGCAGAGUCUCCCACGCCAGAAAUUACAGUAAAGAAGGACAAAUACAACAAAGGCGGAAACACCCUUUACCUGUGGCAGUUCCUGAUGGAGUUGCUGCAAGAUAGACAAGUCUGCCCUCGUUACAUCAAAUGGACUAAUCCUCAAGCGGGGAUCUUCAAGCUGGUCAACUCAAAAGCAGUGGCCAGGCUGUGGGGCAAACACAAAAACAAACCAGAUAUGAAUUAUGAGACAAUGGGCAGAGCACUCAGGUACUACUACCAGAGAGGCAUACUGAAUAAGGUUGAAGGCCAGCGCCUCGUUUACCAGUUCACCUCUCUCCCCAAAGACAUGAUUUACAUCACCGAUGGAGAUGGCAUCAAAGAGGAAGACGACGAGGACCACGAUGACAACAGCGUCAACGACGAAGGCUUGAGCGACGACUCUGACAGUACCGUAUCGUCUAGUGACCAUUCAGCGGAGGAGCAGGAAGAUUCUCAGCCACCGCCAAAGAAAUCGUUCCCCGUCUCCGGCCGCACUCCCGCUUCACAGCGCACCAGGCCCGCUCCCAGGCCCUCAGCUCAGCGCGACACCGUCCUGCGUCCCACCAGCUCCAGUUUGAUCCAGGAACAGCAUCUGCCUAUCGUGUCGGCUGAGAUGCUACGCACGCUCCAGAACCUGCAAAAGGUCCAGUCUCUCAAACCCGCCGGUCAUGCGUCAGUCUUCAAAACGGCUCAGCUGCUGGGGAGUCUGUGCGAGCGGCAGGCCGCUGCCUCUGCCGAGGUGGCCAUAGGGAGAAAAGGUGCGCCGGAGAUGGCCGAGAAAAAGUCGCACCCAGGACCAAAAACUCCACAGCUUAUGCCUCUGAUUAGCUCUGACCAAUACAAAUAACAGGUGCCCACCUUCUAUUGAACACACAGAUGCCUGUACACUCCACUGACUCAGGACCACUUACAGGGCUGCACUUUGCUAUGACAAUGCUGAUUUAAAAACAAAGGGACUUUUGAUGUAGAAUAUUAUUUUAGAUCAUAAGUACAGAUCAGUGCUUUCUCGCAGCGCUGACAGGAACCAAAAUCUCACAGCAGUUUACCUUCUCAGCUUUGAAAUCUGAUCAUUUCGCCUUAUUGUCAUUCUGUGUAGCCCUUUGUUAAACCAACACCAAAGACAGACAUGCACUGGAAUCUCUGGCCUCUCUGCACUGCCUGCAGACACUUUCUCUGCUUGCACUUCAGCUCCAGUGUCCUGGAAGCAAUUAUCUUAUCACCACACUGUGCCCUUCGUCUCUGCCUUUUGCUCUCACUUUCUCCUACGUUGUUUAGUUUUGUGUCUUUAUGCUAUCACGUGCUGAAGCAUUCCUUUGCCUUAAAAGUGGCUUUGCACUAAUGUUUACCUCUGCUGUAUAUUUCUUCUGAAGUGCCUGAAGAUGUCAGUCCAUCCUAUUCCUGGUAAUCAUAAGGGAAAACAUUCCAUAUUGUUAUUGUUAUUAUUAUUGUUGUUGUUUUUUAAGAUUGCUGCAUUUUUUUGUCUGCAUUGUGAAAUGUUGAAAACAAGGGAUCACUGUUAUUUUUUUCAAAGUAGUACUUUAGCACUUGCGCUGUUUAUUAUUUGUUUAUCGACACCAUUGGACUCUUUUUUUUCUAUUUUCUUCAUGACAAUCACCAGUGAAGUGGCCUUGUAGCCACCCUGCCUCCUGUAAAAUGACAGUGCUACUAUUUAGCUUUUCCCUUGUGCACUAGCUAUCCAUAUAUGAGUGCAUAUAUUAAACUCAGAAUCCUCUAUCUGUAUGCGUCUAUUACGCACUGUAGGGCCUCAACAUUAAAACCACUGUGCUGGCUGAAGUGAACAUUGGUCAUUUCGUUACAGUGCAAUGUUUGGCUGGCAUUGACGUGGGUUUAGCAUCGAGCUCAGCGUUGCAGAAGGCGCCAGUAGCGGCAUCUCUGCACAAAGCAGACCUACAUAUUACCAGGCUGGUGGUUUUAAUGUUUUGGCUGAUCUUUGUGUACUGUAUACCUGUGAAAGCGCCUGACUUGUUCUUUUGAUGCCAUUUUUUUUCCUUCCCUCAGGUUUAUAAAGCAUUUUUGUGCUGCACAUAUUAUGUACUCUAUGCAAGAAGUAAAAGUGAAAUUGUUAGUUUAUUAUUUUCUCUUUGGCCGGUCUUAGCGUAGGCUCACGAAGCUGGCUUACAAACUUCACCUCACUCCAAAUUUAAAAAAAAAAAAAACGACUGAAAGUUAGGCUGGCUUUUUGAGAGGCUAAACUUGGCAAAGAGAUGCUUAUAAAGUAACUGUGCCUGCAGGGAACUCUUAUGCAGAACUAUUUUCACUUUGUUAAACCAUGUUUGUUUGUUUGUUUUGGGGUUUUUUGCCCCUUGCUUUUCAGUGUGUGUCCUGGUAAUGUCUUACCUUAAUAGAUUUGUAAGCUUGUAGCAGAGCUCACUCUGCUACAAGCUCCCUCCAUGGAGCUUGUUUUUGUUUUUUAUGCUGUAUUGUGUUUGCUUUCAUGCAGUCCAGUGAUGUUAAAGCUAAUCGUCUAUUAUAUGAAAUAAAUUUACAUUUGUCAUUG